AUGAUAUCGACGGUCACUCCAAUAACAUAUCAAGAGCGCGCUCGCAUCAAACGAUCCAUACAAGGUUCUCUAAUUCCGGCCGAAUGGCGUCUGGCCUCCGUCCCGCCAGUUGGCGAGGUGGCCGAUGUGUUGGAGUACAUUCGAAAAUGCAAUUUACUAUCAGCGGGGGAAUUGAGUAUUACGGAGACUUCCGAUGUAAAUACUCUAUUGCAUAAAUUGGCUAGUCGCCAAUUAUCCUCGCUCGAGGUCACCAAAGCUUUUGCGAAACGAGCUAUGCUGGCUCACCAGUUAACAAAUUGUUGCACAGAGAUCUUUUUGGAAGACGCCUUUGACCGAGCUAGGCAAUUGGAUGAUUAUCUCGAACAAACCGGGGAAUUAAUAGGACCCUUGCAUGGUCUUCCAGUCUCCAUCAAAGAUUUAUUUGACGUAACAGGAGUAGACUCGUGCAUUGGCUGGGUGGGCCUCACGAAUAAGCCGGCGACGCAAGAUGGAAACGCCGCAGCAACACUUCGCCGACUUGGUGCGGUUUUAUAUGUCAAAACAAAUGUACCACAAUCAAUGAUGAUGUCUGACUCCUAUAACCACGUUUUUGGCCAAUGCGUGUCUACGCUCAACCGAAAUCUCAUUUCCGGCGGCAGCUCCGGGGGUGAAAGUUCCCUUGUGAGUGCCAGGGGUAGUAUUCUAGGGAUUGGUACAGAUGUUGGCGGAUCAAUCCGGAUUCCGGCCAAUCUAUGUGGGAUUUAUGGCCUUUCGCCGAGCACAGGCAGACAACCGUAUGAACGGAGCGGACUCCGACAAGAUGUUAUUCGUUCAGUGGCAGGCCCUAUGGCAAUGAGUUUGUCUACGGUAGAAAAGUACAUGGAAGCUUUACCGGCUGCACGGCCUUGGGAGAUUGACCACCAAGUCACACCAAUUCCAUGGCAAACAGAGCUUUGCACAACAACGAAACGGUUACGAAUCGGAUAUGUUAUUGAUGACGGCGUUGUGAAAGUGCAGCCACCUGUUGCGAGAGCGGUAGAGGAGGUAAUACAGGCCUUGAGAGAGGCCGGCCACGAAGUGUUUGAAUGGGAUGCUUCAAGUCACGCACACGCGUACCAACUUUGGGAGAAAGCCAUCCUCUCCGACGGAGGCGCAGCAUGCCGCAGGUUGUGUGAGUUGAGUGGAGAACCAUUGAUUGAGGGCAUGCUCGUGGGGAAACCUCACAAUAUCCUGACUACAUCACAAACACAUCAACUCAUAGCUGAUAAAUAUGCAUACGAAACACAGUACCUUCGCCGAUGGGCGUCUGCCAGUCUUGACGCUCUCAUCAUGCCCAUCACGCCUUGGGUAGGAUAUAAACCCCAAACCUGGGUGAAGAGCCAUCAAUAUGUGGGAUAUACCUCAAUAUCGAACCUACUAGACUACCCAGCUCUGGCCAUUCCGGUAACUAAGGCAGAUCGGACCAAGGAUGACCGUAGUCUGGAUAAGGAAUGGAUGACGUAUCAACCAAGGAACAAGAGCGAUGAAUUCAAUCAUCAGCAAUACGACAUUGAUCUCAUCCACGGAGCCCCCGUUGGGGUUCAAGUCAUUACCCCAAAAUUACAAGAGGAGAAAUGUAUCGCAGUUGCAAAGGUGAUCGAAGAGUCGCUAGCUGCGCAACGAAGUGCAGAAAGAGCCCAACAGGCCAAGCUAUAG